UUCGUUUUUCUUCUGUUGUGGUGCACUUUGUGUUCUGAGUUCGCGUCUCCAAGGUCGAGCGUUGCACUCAUUUGUAACAAUGGCGGGCAUGAGGGACGAGUACGGAAACCAGAUGAGGAGACCGGACGAGUACGGAAACCAGAUGAGGAGACCGGACGAGUACGGGAACCAGAUGGGGAGGGUGGACGAGUAUGGGAACCAGAUGAGGAGGGUGGACGAGUACGGCAAUCCUAUUCGGCAACAGCCUCACGUUGGUGUCGGGAAUACGGGGCACGGCGGUGGCAUGGGCAUGGGCGGCAGGGGCUCUGCUGACGACGAUAUGGCCACGGGCGGCGGAAUGCGCCGGUCCGGGGCCUCUGGCUACGAUAUGGACUCGGGAGCCGGAAUGGGCCGGUCCGGGGCCUCUAGCUACGAGAUAGGCUCGGGCGGCGGUGGCAUGGGGAUGGGCAUGGUCAUGGGCGGCAGGGGCCCUGCUGACGACGAUAUGGGCACGGGCGGCGGAAUGGGCCGAUCUGGGGCCUCUGGCUACGAUAUGGGCUCGGGCGGCGGAAUGGGCAUGGGCCGGUCCGGGGCCUCUGGCUACGAUAUUGGCUCGGGCGGCGGAAUGGACAUGGGUCGCGCGCGGGCGUCUGACUACGAUAUGGGCACCGGCGGCGGAAUGGGCAUGGGCCGCUCGGGGGCUUCUGGCUACGAUCUGGGCGGUGGCGGCGUGGGCCACGCUGGCGCUGCUGGCCUUGCUGCCGGCACCGGUGCUUAUGGGAGUCGCACUUCGCAGGAAGGGAUGAUGGGAAGCAUGGGAGGAGGCGGUGGCCAGAUGCAGGCGCACAGAGAGGAACAUCAUGGCAUCUCCGGGAUGCUCCACCGCUCCGGAAGCUCCAGCUCUUCGGAAGACGACGGGCAAGGUGGGCGGAGGAAGAAGAAAGGACUGAAGGACAAAAUCAUGGAGAAGCUGCCGGGCGGGCACAGCUCGGAGGAGGCGGAAAGCCAGGCUGCAGGACGCUAUGGGGGAGGGUACGAGGGAGCACAAUAUGAGCCGGAGAAGAAGGGGAUUAUGGAGAAGAUCAAGGAGAAGCUGCCUGGCCACCACAACUAGAGGACUACCGCCGUCCACUUCAGAAAUAACGAGCGGCGGCGGCGUGCGGCUGUGUUCCUUCCGUUUCUGCUGGCUUUCCGUGUCGAUGGUCUCCGUACGUACAUUAGGUAAAUAAAGCAUGUGUUCUGCUCCUGCGUACGUCCGUACGUUAGGUGAUGUUUUCCUUUGGGUCGUUCGUUCAUCGUUGUUGUUGGUGCGAUUUCUUUUCCAGCACAGUAUUAAUAAAGAAGGCUUGCGGUUGGUUCCCUACUUUGGCCACCCACUAGAAACCAAACCAAGAUGUAAUGUCAACCUCAUGUGUUUAGAGCAAAGAAUCUAUGAUUGAGUUUGCUGUUUCGA